CACCUUCCUCUUCUCUGCUCUCCGCUCCUCCCCACCCAUCUCUCCGCCAUGGAGUCCGAUCCCACUGAUCCUGAUCCCAGCGCCGCUGCCUUCAUCCUCGGAUCCGACGACGGCAUCAGCAGCGCCGCCAGCUCCGGCGAGAUACCCGCUCUUCCGGGUGCCCUGGCGGCCCCGGCGGCGCCGCUGGAUGAAGAGGCCGCCAGUGCGGCGGAGGUGGAGGCGAGGGGGAGGCGGAGGUGCGUGGGGAGGAGGGGGGCGGAGAUGUGGGGCGCGGCGGCGACGGUGGGGAGGCGGGGGGUGAUGGAGGACGCCGUGGCGGUGAUGCCGGAGUUCAUGGAUCUCAGGUGCGAGGAGGUGGGCGGGUGCGAGGCGGCCCCGGGCUCGGGCAGGAUCUCGCACGUGCGGUUCUUCGGUGUGUACGAUGGGCAUGGAGGCUGCCAGGUGGCUGAUUAUUGUGCAAAACGGAUUCAUGAGGUUGUGGCAGAAGAGUGGGAGAGAUUAAAUGGUGGACAAGGGUGGCAGAGGAGGUGGGAGAUGGCAUUUUGUGAUGGCUUUGAGAGGGUUGAUAAUGAGGUCAUAGCAGAGGCUGUAGCCCCAGAUAUAGUUGGAUCAACUGCUGUAGUGGUUCUUGUGUCGGGAUGUCAAAUUAUAUCUUCUAAUUGUGGUGACUCGAGGGCAAUUCUUUGUCGUGGAAAUCAAGCCAUCCAGCUAACUGUUGAUCAUAAGCCUGAUAUAGCGGAUGAACUCGCGAGGAUUGAAAAUGGAGGAGGAAGAGUCAUAAACUGGAAUGGGCCUCGGGUAUUGGGAGUUCUUGCCAUGUCCAGAGCCAUAGGUGAUCGGUAUAUGAGACCUCACAUAAUUCCUGUACCAGAAGUCAGUUUUAUGCCUCGAAGUGAAGAUGAUGAGUGCUUGAUAUUAGCAAGUGAUGGACUUUGGGAUGUGAUGUCCAAUGAAGAGGCCGGGGAUGUGGCCUGUCGUCUUCUCAGGAGGCACCGCCGUAGUGGAUUGGUGGACCAAGCAUUGCCAUCUCCUGCCCAGGCUGUUGCCGAUCAUCUCGUUAGAGUGGCUUAUCAUAAUAACAGUUCCGAUAACAUCUCUGUAAUUGUAGUGGACUUGAAAUCCAGGAGCAGACGUAGGCUGAGACAGUGAGAGGAAGCUUUUCAGAAGUUGAGGCUCCAGACAUCCUUUCCCGUUCAUCCAGUAGCUGCAUGGUCCAAGAAUCAUGCUGUUUAGUUUUUGGAAUUUGGAAGCCAGGUUCUCUCCUGGAAGGCCAUGAAGUUUCCAAUUGAAUGGCAACCUUUGCUUUUGAUAGAAUGAGAACAUGAUUUUAUAAGAAAUUGGUUUCCUCAAGCAUCCGAAUCAUAUGAAUCUCAAGGAUGUGCCUCUAGGCUGGCUCAGCAAUUGCUAAUGCUGUCCAUCCUCAGGAAAAAGCAUAGUAAAAUUCUGGUUGCUGCUACCUAUAGAAAUAUGAGAAUGAUGUCCCUGUCCCCAAGAGGAUGGUCUUGGAGUUUAUGCAGUGAUGAUACCUGAUUCACCUGUUGCGACCACAGCCUCCAAAGCAUUCUUCUAUGAGGUGUGCAGAGAUUUUCACUGGACUCCUGCUCUGUGGUUGUUCAUCUGCCUUGUAUGCAACAAAACUGCUCUUUUUUGUUGCUAGAUUUUGUGACUCCUUGCCACCAAUACAGGAUCUGUGUUUGGAAAACCUUGACUCUCAGAUUUUGGUUGGACAGCAUGACUUGAAUGCACACGUAAAGUUUGGCUGGGGCAGAACCCCUGUUAGCGCAUGGACUGUGACAACAUUCUGCAAUCGGUCCUCUGUUGGAGCAGGACUGAACAAUAUUGAUGAAGCGUUUCUGCAUCUGACCCAGAAUUGGAUUUUGCGGAUACUCUAAAUUGCCACAUUCUUUUCUUUUCGGAACUAUAUGUACUGCGUAACAGACAUCAGAAGCGUCGGAAUCCAAUGUCCGAAUCCAAUCUUGGGAUCUGAAGCAUUGGUGUUCCUUCAGAUGUUUACAAGGUUUGUGACUCAGCCAAGCAUCUUGCCACGGCCAUCCGACUGACUCUCUGGAGGAGGUGGGCGCAAAAUGCCUUCAGACGAGUAAUUACCAAGUAUCCACGUUUUGAUUUGGAGAUGCCUUGGGAAUUUGGUCCGGUGGAAUUCUGCUUGGUUGUCAGAAGUGGUCUAUGAUAUGUAAUACUGAAUGCCAUGUAUUUAACUGAAAAAUAGUUCUCCUAAUCCAACAUAAAUAGCAGCAUAUCGACAAGAAAGAGUUCUUGGCUUCUUGUUUGAUGGUAAAAAUAUCA